CCGCUUUCCUUCUUGCCAUCAUGCCUGGUGUUACACUCCCUCCUAUUACAAGCGUAACUAUCCUGGAUGGACUGGAUGCGAAUUAUACUAGCGCAUAUGAAACUUGUCUCGAGUUUGAAAAGUCGGCCCCAGCCAAUAGCGAUGCAUUGAUUCACGCAAGGAUACUGGGCUACUUGAUUAUCCAUUCCCCUUCUCGCACUGUGCUUCAUGAAGUCGUCAAGGCGAUACAGUCGUGUACAGGGGAUUAUUCGGAGCUGUCUCAACUCGGACAGAUUUUCAUUGACUAUUUCAUUCGUCCCUUCAAAAAAUUCAAAGGUCGGACACCCGCGUCCUCGGAUGAUUCGUCGCGCCAGUCAUCAGAUAAACUCAAGAGAGAUUUGAGGUCUAGAAUUCAGGAAGCACCGAAAACGCAUAGAGAGGCAAAGGAUCGCGCUCUCGUCCGAGACGGGUUUCGGUGCGUAGUGACUGGCACCUAUGAUCAGAGCGCCAUCAACGAAAUUUCCGCUUCCCUCGACGAGAUUAGGGAAGCAGGCACCGUGUACACACAGUGUGCACACAUUGCGCCGGAAUUCACGUAUUUUGACGUAAUCGACCAAAACAACGAGGUUGACCCCGCCGCUUCAGUGUUGGCCGUUUUGAAGAGUUUCGGCUAUGAUGUCGAGCAAGUCAAUGGUACCAAAGUACAUUCUCUUUACAAUAUCAUAACAAUGGAAUCCAAUGUCCACGACUGGUUUAACCGGUUGGAAAUCUGGUUUGAGAAGACGAAAGCCAAAAAUUGUUACAAACUACAAAAUCUUUAUCCCCUCUACCGACGGCGAUUGCCGACGGAGGUAACGUUCACCACUCCAGAUAACGAGAAUCUUCCCGUCCCAUCCGAGACACUUCUCACCCUGCAUGCUACUUGUGCCAAGGUCGCGAAUUUUUCUGGGGCGGCCGAACACAUUGAUAAGCUUGACUGUGAUGUCGAAGACUUGGGUGUCCUAGCAUCCGAUGGAAGUUCAGGAGGUGUAUUGAGCAGUGCCCUCUUGAAUCGCAUGAAUCAAGUUAUUGAUUUUCGGACUUAAAACAUCGGGAGAUGUAUGAACAUUCUGGAAUGGCAUACACAUGUUAGAAAACCUAAUGUCUUCCUCGCCUUCUAGAACCCUUCACUGUC